AUGAAGUUUCUUGGCAUUACUAUUUAUGCUGCAGCAUUCUUGGCCACCAUUCAUGCAGUUCCUGGUCAUUACAAGCACCAUGGCGAUGAAGGCGAAUGGAGACAUUAUCACAAGGGCAAGAAGCACCCUCAAAAAGAAGAAAUCUAUUAUCAAAUCGCUACCCCCACUCCUCCAGCAGCUCCCACCCUUAGGCUACCUAAUCCUGUAGGCGAGGAAAUUGGCUAUGUGUGCCCUGUAGACGAUGUAGUGCAAUUUGGACAAGAGAUAACGCACUUUACUGGUAUCUUUUAUAACGACUUUACUACAGGCGGUACAGGGCAAGACAUUCUCGGUCCUUUGGCUGUUGGCGGCAACUUCUAUGCGCCCAACUACGUCGUCAAUGCCAACCAUGAAGUCAACUGCGCUGCCGAUGAAAAGUCUACCUUUGAUAGCGUUGGUCUCGUAGUUGGUGGCGACUCUACUACUUCGAAUACCCAUUUGCGUGGUGACAGCUUGAUUGCCGGUGAUGGUGAUGCGAGCCAAUACGACGAGCAGUUGGCAGGAUGCCGUGUGAUUACCGAUGAAGGCACAGGUUACUUUGACUUUGCUGAAUCAUACAGUGAUGCCGACACUCUUUCACGAACGAUGGCGGCCAUUGCACCUGAUAGUGUCUUGAGCACGGGUGGUGCUAUAAGCAAGGACCCAACGAUCGACAAUGGUCCUUUCAGAGUCUUCAAGAUGAACACGUGUGAUGGAUCAUGCCCUACAAGUGAUGUUCUAUCCACUCCAGAUGAGAUGCUUUUUGGUAUCGGCAACUGGAAUGGUCCUUCUGGUGAUGUUCCUUCAUCGGAUGACACUGUCAUUAUCAAUAUUCCUGUUACAUCUGAUACCACAAUCGAUCUUCGUUCAAACGCACCCUCGCAAGGUUUUGACAGCUGUCGUAUUAUUUACAACUUUUACCCGGUCGACGAGCAGGGCAAUUACGACUCCAGCGGCGAAUUUACACUUGAUCGUGAAACAGGCUCACAGUUUGAAGGGCUAGUGAUUGCACCACAUGCUCAUAUCCGUGAUGGUAAUACGGGCAACUUUGCUGGUACAGUGGUUGGCAAUGAUUAUGCAUGGCUCGAUCCAUCAGCUGGUGUUGAAAUCCACGAUUGGGCUGCAGCAAAUUGUCCUAAAUUCCAAGGUUGUCUUCCUAUAAAUCCUGACACGGAUACUUGCACUCCAUCGACCACCACACGCACUCAAACUGUGCCCACUACAACUACGGCAACAGAUGAAGACACAACAACAGAAUACGUUGGUUCAGUGACUGUAACCGAUUACGAAACGACCACUGAUACGGUGACAACUCGUGAAACUAAGGGCUAUACCUUACCCCCAACGACCGAAACUGUGACCAUCACCUACACUAAGGAUAAGCACAAAGAUGACCAUCACAAAGAUGACGUUGACUGGAUCACGGAGGCUAAAGGUGGAGCUAUAGCUGAAGUUGAAGAGGAGGUUCAGAGUGAUGAUGAGUGGACGAAAGGGGAGGAGUGGACGAAAGAGGAAGAAUGGACGAAGGGUGGCGACGAAGAAUGGACGAAAGGUGGCGACGAAACAUGGACGAAAGGUGGCGACGAAGAAUGGACGAAGGGUGGCGAUGAAACAUGGACAAAGGGUGGCGACGAAGAAUGGAGGGAUUACGACGAGGACUCGUGGUAG